UGCGCACAAAAAGUACGCGUGUAGUAUAGUCUAGUUUAUGAGCUAGAGAGCCGAAGGAAACAGCAAGUAAAGAGAGACGCAGACAUGUCAGUAGGAGCUCAUCGACUGCGUGUGCGUAACGCCGCCCAAAUCGUGACCGUGUGCUCGCGAGGAGAGCGAGUGUUGCGAGGAGGGGAGAUGGGGAAUGUGGCCGUGCUGGAGGGAGAAGAAGGAGAAGGAGUGGGGUUGGGCGGUGGACGGCGACGGGAAGAUCGAAGCAGUCGGCCUAGACUCGGAAAUCGACGCUGCCUUGCAAGGUUGUACUUUUGAUCACGUGAUCGAUGCCAGUGGCCAGUGUGUGAUUCCAGGUCUGGUUGACGCCCACACUCACCCAGUAUGGGAAGGAGACCGAGUCCACGAGUUUGCCAUGAAGCUGGCUGGAGCAACUUACAUGGAGGUCCAUGCAAAGGGAGGAGGGAUUCAUUACACAGUCGACUGCGUUCGUCGUGCAAGUCUGGACCAAUUGUACACCUCUCUGGACCGGCGACUGACUGCCAUGCUGACCACUGGGACCACUGUGGUAGAGGCCAAGAGCGGGUACGGUCUGGACCUGGAGAACGAGACCAAGAUGUUGCGAGCCAUCGAGCGAGCCAAGAGAGAGCACGCCAUGACCAUCUCCUCCACCUACUGUGGAGCUCACGCCAUUCCAAAGUUAGUGCACUUUAUGAGAUUUGGGAUUGACCCAGACUACAUAGAACUCAUAUCAAUGGAAUAUCAUAGGAAGCACGGCAGAGGAUGCAACUCAAGACGUGGUAAAUGUCCAGAUCCCGCACUCAGAGAGCUCUGUGCCACUGGCGAACUCAGCAUCGACAACAUCGAUGUCUUCUGCGAGAAAGGGGUCUUUGACACGGAUGCCUCGCGACGGAUCCUCAGCACCGGGAAAGACGCCGGGUGGAAGUUAAAUUUCCACGGAGACGAACUCUUCCCAAUGAAUUCUGGAGAACUUGCAGGGGAAUUGGGUGCACAUGCAGUGAGUCAUCUGGAGAACGUGAGUGUGGCAGGAAUCGAGGCUAUGGCGACAGCCAACACAGUCGCAGUUCUUCUUCCUACCACUGCCUACAUCUUGAGGCUCCAACAUCCGCCUGCCAGGCAGAUGAUAGAGCGAGGGGUUGCCGUGGCUCUUGGCAGUGACUUCAAUCCCAAUGCAUACUGCAUGUCAAUGCCGCUGGUGAUGCACCUGGCGUGUGUAAACCUCCACCUCACGAUGUCCGAGGCUCUCGCAGCUGCCACCAUCAACGCAGCGGCCUCCCUCGGUCUGUCAGAGAGCCACGGGUCACUGGAGAUCGGGAAGAACGGUGACAUGGUCAUUAUCAACUCAGCAAGGUGGGAGCACCUCGUAUAUCAACUGGGGUGCCACAACCAACUCAUAAAAUAUGUCAUCAAAGAGGGGAAAAUAGUCCACAGACAGCAAUAGACAAUUGUUGUUACGUUUUGUAUAUACCCAAUGGCAACACUGAGAGUGUGGCGUGUUCAAUGUAACAAAGUUAAAAUGAAUUGAAAAAGACAUUCUAUAUAUAAUUGCGAGCUAUUGUGUUAUGUAAGAAUUUGUCAGGUGUGUCGGUUUCCUGGUGCUGGAUGUGGGAGGUGUGGCUGGAGUUAACGAGAGGGUGUUGCGACUAUAUUCCCGCCCGUAGCGGAGGAGAAAUGAGAAUCACUCCGUCUCCUCUGACAAACAGCAUCGGAACAUUCCGUUUAGUCGUUUUGUAUAUUUCUUCAAAGGUUUCCUCGUCCAGUUCCAUCGUAGUUAUAAUCUCCUCAACUUCGCUCAGAAUCAUGUUCAGGUGUUGGUCGUACGCCUGGAAAGAAGAGAGCAAAAGAAGUCGAUACUCACUUCGGGGGAAGUUCUGGGCGGCUCACGUGGAGGCGUCCCUUCAGCUCUCGGUUGUUUCUCAACUUGACGAAAAUCCUCUCGUCCAGGCUGAGGCGGACCAAGUCCAGCGGCUCCUCUACGGCCACCGCCUGCUGGGCCUCAUCCUCGCCUUCUGCUGCCAUGCUCUCUUCUUCCUUCCACCAUGGACCAGCGCUCCGCGCGCUACGUGCAAGAGUACUCGAGUACGAGUCACGUACCA